AUGAUGCUUCGUCGUAUGAUUUAUUUAUCAAUAAAAGAAAUGUCAACAGUUACAAAUGAUGUUAUUAUUGUAACAUCAAGUUUAACUCGUGAUAUGACUGGAAAAGAAGAUUCUCAUCGUGGACCAGCUAUGCGAGCUUUAUGUAAAAUUACUGAUGUUAAUGAAGUUCAAGAAGCUGUUAAUAAUGAUAAUAUAAUGGUACAAUAUCAUGCACUUGGUCUUUUAUAUCAAAUACGUCGAACGGAUAAAUAUGCUAUUAGAAAAUUCAUUGUCAAAUUUUCUAGAGCUGGUUUUCGAAGUCCAUAUGCAUAUUGUUUUCUGAUUCGUAUUGCAGCUAAUCUUAUAAAUGAAGAAGGCGAAGGAACGGAUAGUCCAAUGUAUGAUUUUAUUGAUUCAUGUUUACGUCAUAAAAAUGAAAUGGUUAUUUAUGAAGCUGCAUCAACAAUUGUAUCACUUAAAUGUGUUACACCAAAAGAACUUAGUUCAGCUGUUAAUGUUCUUCAAUUAUUUAUUUCAUCAUCUAAACCUGUUUUACGUUAUGCAGCUGUUCGAACACGUAAUAAAACGGGUAAUGAAGCAGGUGUUGAUCAAUUAAUGAAACAAAUCUCAUCAUUUUUAUCUGAAAUAUCAGAUCAAUUUAGAACAGUUAUUGUUGAUGCAAUUAACUAA